GAGUUGGAGCAAGUUCCGCGGCGGGAGAGCAGCAGCAGCAGCAGCUUCUCCAGGCUCUUGUCUGGCGAACUGGUCCCAUCCCUGCAAGAAGCAGCAGCAGCAGAAGCAACAGCAAAAGGGAUCCUAGGGACUUUCCCCCCAAUUGCCGGGGCUUCGCGGAACUAGGAUCGCAACCUCUCUGUCUUUUUGCAUGCCGUUCCUUUCUUGAACCCGCUCCCAACUGGGAAGGAGCCCGCUUCCCCCUUGUUUGGACUGUUGGAUGAAUCCCCGGAGGAGCUGAGCCAGCCAUGCGGCGGCGGAGGCUCCCGCUUUGGCUCCGGAGCUUGCUCUCCUUCUUGCUGGGAUUGGCGGCAGGUUCCCGUCCUCGCCUUGAAGAUUCAUCUCCACGGAUAAUUGAACAUCCCUCUGAUCUCAUUGUGUCCAAGGGAGAACCGGCAACGUUGAACUGCAAAGCAGAAGGUCGCCCUACUCCUAUUGUUGAGUGGUAUAAGGAUGGGGAGCGAGUGGAAACCGACAAAGAAGACCCACGAUCUCAUCGCAUGCUGCUGCCUAGUGGGUCCCUUUUCUUUCUGCGCAUUGUGCAUGGCCGGAGGAGCAAACCCGAUGAGGGAGUGUAUGUCUGUGUCGCCAGGAACUACUUGGGUGAAGCGGUGAGCCGGAACGCAUCUCUGGAGGUAGCCAUUUUGAGAGAUGACUUCCGGCAGGCUCCUAGUGAUGUGGUUGUGGCAGCCGGAGAGCCAGCUGUGAUGGAGUGCAUUCCGCCCAGAGGACACCCGGAGCCCACCAUUUCCUGGAAAAAGAACAACGUCCGCAUCACUGAUAAGGAUGAGCGCAUUACGAUCCGAGGUGGGAAGCUGAUGAUGUCCAACACAAGGAAGAGUGAUGCUGGAAUGUACAUCUGUGUGGCCACCAAUAUGGUGGGUGAACGGGACAGCGAACCUGCGGAACUGGUGGUAUUUGAGCGGCCCACUUUCAUCAAGAGGCCCAUAAACCAGGUGGUGCUUGCUGAGGACACCGUGAAUUUCCAGUGCGAAGUGCAGGGAGAUCCCGUGCCAACCUCCCGCUGGCGCAAGGAGGAGGGAGAUCUUCCUCGUGGGAGAUCAGAGGUUCAGAACGAUAACAGUCUACGCAUCAGUCGGGUGAGCGCAGAGGACGAGGGGACGUACACUUGUGUGGCCGAGAACAGUGUUGGCAAAUCGGAAGCAUCCGGUUCCCUCAGCGUCCAUGUUCCACCUCAAUUAGUGACCCGUCCUCGGGAUCAAAUUGUAACCCAAGGCCGAACUGUGACGUUUCAGUGUGAGACUAAAGGAAACCCCCCACCAGCUGUGUUUUGGCAAAAGGAAGGGAGUCAAAUCCUUCUGUUUCCCAGCCAGCCCCCUCAAGCUAUGGGCCGUUUUUCUGUAUCACCAAGUGGUGAGAUGACAAUCACAGAUGCACAGACCUCUGACUCAGGCUACUACAUGUGCCAGGCAAUCAGUGUGGCAGGAAGCAUCUUGGCCAAAGCACUUCUGGAGGUGGAAGAUGUGACAUCUGACCGUAUUCCACCAAUCAUCCGCCGUGGACCAACCAAUCAAACACUUGCGGUAGAUUCUACAGCCCAGCUCCAAUGUCAUGUGAAUGGGAAUCCUCUGCCCAGCAUUCAGUGGCUGAAAGAUGGCGAACGGAUUGUGGGCAGUGACCCAAGAAUUAGUCUUUUGGACAAUGGAACGCUACAGAUUAUGAAUCUACAGAUUUCAGACUCUGGCUUGUACGUUUGCAUCGCUACAAGUUCCACGGGCGAGACAAGAUGGAGUGGAUUUCUGGCAGUGCAAGAAAAUGGGGGUGAUCUCCAAAUACAGCUUCCAGAGUCAAACCUUCUCCCUGGACCCCCCUCUGCACCUUUGGUCACGGAUGUCACCAAAAAUAGUGUGGCUUUGAUAUGGAAGCCAAGCCCUGUGAGUGGGGGUGCUCCUGUCAGUUCCUACAUAAUUGAAGCUUUCAGUCAAUCUUCAGGCAGUACUUGGCAGACUGUGGCAGACAAUGUCAAGUUGGAGAAACACACAGUCAGCGGCUUAAACCCUAACACCAUUUAUCUCUUCCUUAUACGGGCUGUCAACACCUAUGGCCUUAGUGAUCCCAGCCCUGUUUCUGAGCCAGUUCGGACACAAGAUGUGAGUCCCACUAGGCAAGGGGUUGAUCACCGGCAAGUGCAAAGGGAACUUGGUGAAGUUGUGGUUCAGCUCCAGGAUCCCAUCGUCCUCACCUCCACCACCAUCCAAGUGACCUGGACCGUUGAUCGCCAAGCUCAGUUCAUCCAAGGCUAUCGAGUAAUGUACCGAACCAGGGGCAGUGCCUGGCUGGUGCAGGAUGUAAAAUCGCCUACUGAACGUAGCACUAUUCUAGUUGAUCUGAGCAAAGGCCAGGAGUAUGAAAUCAAAAUUCGACCUUAUUUUGAUGAGUUCCAGGGCAUGGACAGUGAAGUGCUGCUGGUGCGUACCCCAGAAGAAGUUCCCAGUGCUCCUCCUCAAGCAGUUACCGUGGUCAUGUUGGGGACCAGCAACAGUACCAGUAUUAGCAUAUCCUGGGAGCCACCUCCACCUACAGAGCAAAAUGGGAUCAUCCAGGAUUACCAGAUUUGGUGUCUUGGCAAUGAGUCCCGUUAUCACAUCAAUAAGACAGUGGAUGGCACAGUGCACUCAACAGUCCUGCUGGGCCUGGUGCCAGGCAUGGUCUACCGCACCGAGGUUGCAGCAGCCACCAGGGCAGGCGUGGGAGUGAGGAGUGCCCCAGUCACCAUACAAAUCAAGCCUUUGCCAGACCAGGACACUGUGUCUGUGAGCAACGGGGACAGUGUGAGCCUUGCUGAACAGAUCACAGACGUGGUGAAACAGCCAGCCUUCAUAGCCGGCAUUGGAGGAGCCUGCUGGGUCAUCCUCAUGUGCUUCAGUGUGUGGAUCUACUGUCGUCGGAAAAAGAGGAAGGAACUAAGUCACUACACAGCUUCCUUUGCAUACACGCCAGCAGUGUCUUUCCCCCACAUGGAUGGGGCCUCACGGAGCAGUGGCAGCCGGCCGGGCAUGCUUGCCAUGGCCACCAGUGCCUCCAGCUAUCCAUGGCUGGCGGAAUCAUGGCCAGGCCCAAACCUACUGAGAAAUGGGAAAACAAAGGAGCCUGGAGUGACCUGCUGCCCAGGAAACCACAAUGCUACCGAAAGAUACUACAAUGAUGCUGGGAUUUCCAAUUACAUUGCUCAGACUGAGAAAUUUGGGACAGGUGUGUCCGAUGGGCCCAUUUACAGCACCAUUGACCCUGCCAGUGAUGACAUGAGGACGUUUAAUGGGGGCUUUUCCCAGCAUACCACCCCGUAUGCCACAACACCUGUGAUGCCAUAUGGUGCUACCCAUCUCCACUCACCUGAUGAAGAGGAGAGCCAGUGGAUCACCCAGCCUGGGAUCCCCAGCAUCCAGUACGCCCAGCCUGAACGGAGCAGGGCUGAACCUGUUGCUAAACCAAUGAAGCAGAAAUCAAUGGGGAAACCAGUGAAAACGCCAUCCCUGAACUGGACAGAAGUGCUUCCUCCACCACCGUCUGCCAGUGAGCUCAGCCAGUAUGUGGAGGAAGAGGAGGGAGAGGAAGAGGAAGAAGUUGAAGUCAGCUCAGAGGUGGGAGAGUGGUGUCCGCCUCUGCCAGAAAGGACUUACCUGAUGGAGAACAUCCAGGAAGAAGCGUGUCCUCCACCUCCUCCUCGAGGCGAUGCUUCCUCUCCUGCGAAUUCAUACGGGCAGCAGUCCACAGUUACAUUAACGCCCUCACCCCGGGAAGAGAUCCGAGCUUCGGAGGAUAUCCCAAGACUGCAUCACUUUGAGAUCCCACAUCUACCAAGGCGGCAACCCAAUGGCUCAGGGCCAUUCCCGAGGGCCUCAAGUCCUCCUUUGACUCAGUCAAACCCAAAUCUCAACAUGCCUGAAGAGGGACCUGAAGGCAUUACUUCCCGGCAAGGUCAUCGACGUAACCUGAGCCAGACCCCAGGGCACAAUGCAGAGAAUGUGGACUCCUCAGGAAUAGGGAAACCCCAUCCAAACCUAGGGGAUAUGCCUCUUCCUCCAGGAGAGAAAGGAAAAGGAAAGAAGAAGUCCAAGUCUAGCCACUACCGCCGAGAGAAGAAGCAGGGAGACCUUCCACCACCUCCUUUGCCGCCUCCUGAAGAAGACCUUGGCAGUUCUGCUCCCGACAGCACUUCACGAUUGGACUGUGACCCUUCUGCCCUGGAGAAGGAUCUGAAUGGCUCCUUUGCUAUGGAGAGGAAAGUUAUCCAUCGCACAAUGGCAGGCCAGCACUACCACCAGCACAAAGAAGCAGAGGAGGAAAUCAUCCCCUACAGCAAGCCCAGCUUUCUCUCCAGAAGCCAGAUGUCAAGCAAUUGCUCCACAACAGGAAGUUCUUCUUCCAGGGGGUCAACGGCAUCUCGGGGUCACGGGUCAGGGCGCAGCCGGACAACAGGCGAACGCAGUGAGGAGAAAAGAUGAAACGAAAUGGAGUUGGCAUGAGAGCUUACGAAAUGGCCAUCUGUGGACUUUGGGCUGGGGUGGGAUAGAAGUCCCAUGCUUCUAAUUUAUGACCUUUCAUAAGGAACCAUGCAGCCCAGGCCCUUGUAUAUAAGUUUGUUCCCUGGCUGUCAGCAGUCUCUGGAAGCCAUGGAUAGCUGUAUUUAUAAAUCAGGACAAAGGGAUGCUCCAGUCCAGGGCCACUCAAGGCCUAUGGAGGAUUGUUGGUUUUGUUUUGUUUUCUUUCUUUGGCAUUACUGCAACUGAAGAGCCCGUGCCCAGUGGGAGGAGGGUGGGAUUGGAGAAAGUGGUGGGGAAGAGGGUUUGCCUUUGGUCAUCUAGCUCAGGAUGGGCAUUGAGGAGCAGCCUCCAACAUACUAAGCACACGCUCAGAUAUUGCCCAGGUGCUCAGCCCCAAAGCAGGCGACACUGGGGUGUUCUUUGGUUGCUCAUGAAUCAUUUUGUAAAAUGACCAAUAAAGCUGUUUGUUAACCUGGA